AUGAGUUUCAACAGUGAAUUAGGAAAUUUUCAAGCAAAACGCGAACAAGAAUUAUGUAAAAAUGCACCCACGAAAGAACAAAAAGAUCCCAAAGAUCAUAAUAAAACUAGCAAACACGCCAUCCUCAUUAUGAGCUAUGAAGAGAAAGCCGCGACCGGCGAAGGAAUUCCCUUGAAGACGGUCCAAGCGGGUCCUCGGCGACGCAAAAAUACUUUUGGACCGGGAAACGACGGCGAGGGCGGCGACUAUUAUAAAAGGUUACAAGAUAAACGUACAAAUGAGCUGGAUAAAAGCGCCAAAUAUCAACAACAAUAUCGGAAAGACCCUAUAGGAGAAAAAUUUAAAAGUUGGUUUAGUUAA